AUGAAGGAGAAACACCUUACAGUAGUCAUCAAGCUCGGCACAUCCUCCAUAGUCGACGAGAAGACCCACGAACCACUCCUCGCCACGCUUUCAACGAUUGUUCAGACCGCAGUCAGUCUCCGCCAUGACGGACACCGGGUGGUCAUCUGCUCGUCAGGAGCCAUUGGUAUGGCCCUGCGACAGAUGGAUCUUGAAAGACGACCGAAGCACCUCCCACAAGUCCAGGCACUUGCAGCUAUAGGACAGUGCAAGCUCAUGGCCAUGUGGGAUCAGCUAUUCAUGCAUAUGCGGCAGCCCGUCGCUCAGAUCCUCCUCACGAGAAACGACAUCGCUGAUCGCACGCAAUACCUUAAUGCUCAGAAUACAUUUGCAGAGUUGCUUAAUAUGGGUGUGAUACCGAUUGUAAACGAGAACGAUACGCUAUCAGUGCAAGAGAUCAAGUUUGGUGACAACGAUACCCUGAGUGCCAUUACAGCUGGCAUGGUAUCUGCAGACUACCUGUUCUUGAUGACAGAUGUGGAUUGCUUGUACGACAAGAAUCCCAGGACAAAUCCAGAUGCCAAGGCGAUUGAGGUGGUCGAAGACAUCGCCGACCUGGCUGCCGAUACUUCGAGCGCCGGAAGCUCUUUAGGAACUGGAGGCAUGGGCACCAAGAUCUCGGCCGCGAGACUGGCUACGGCUGCAGGUGUCACCACUGUGAUUACGCGCAGCAGUAAACCUGGCAACAUUGCAGCCAUAGUCAGAUACGUCGAAGCACAGAAGACCGAGGCGAGGGGUAUGGAGGGCAAGCCAGGUCUGCCGCCACUCCACACACGCUUCUUGCCAGACCCGCACCCAAUGCGGGAUCGGUAUUUCUGGCUCAUGCAUGGACUCGCUGCGCAUGGAAUCGUGUACGUCGACCAGGGUGCGCAUAACGCGCUUGCAUCGAAGGCUGGACUUCUGCCUGCGGGUGUCAUCGACGUGGAAGGAACUUUCAAUGGCCACGAAUGCGUCUUGCUUAAGGUACUACCUUCGAGAAAUGCUCCACUUAGCGAAGCCGAGGACAUUGGCAAGGCGAUUGUGAAUUACUCUGCUGUCGAGAUCAAGCGGAUACGAGGGGUACGGAGCAGUCAGAUCGCGGACAUUAUUGGUUACGCGGACUCGGAAUACAUCGCAUGGAGAGAUAGCGUGGCGUUAUACAAGCAGGAGCUGAGUCGACCUGUGACGCCGAUGGUUGAUGAUAUCAAACGUUUGAGCAUAGGGAGGCUGAGCCACUAUGUGGAUGUAUGA